GAGACAGAUGUCUUUAGUUUCUUAUCUAAGAACUGUCAAUGCUGUUGUGCAUAACAAAGUGCAAACAAUACAGUUGUUUGUCAAGUAUUAUGAGGCAUUUGAGUGCUUGCAAUAGGGAUUUGAAAUCCUUGAAAUUAAGUGUGAGGUGGGCAAGGGCUUUUCCUCAUGACCUUCUGAAUGCCAGGGGAGUUACAGUGAUUUUUCCUUAGCUCUGCUUUUAGUUACUGCAGCAGAAACCACACUAAAAUAUUUCUAUUCUCUUGCCUUUAUUUUAUGUCAUUUUUACAGCUCACUUUUUAUGAACAGGAAAAUACCUUUUUUAAAAAGAAAAAAAAAAGUAAAAAGUGAUGAAGCACAAAUAUCUCUCUGAUAUGCUUUGUGGUCUGUUUCCUGCUGCUGUGACCCAUGAUAAAUUAGUUCUGAUGUCUUGCUCUGUCAGCUGAAAGUAACUCAUGGUGUGACAAUGAUGAUAAAACUUCCAAACGUUUGGUGUAUGUUUAGGCCUGUAAUACCUUAUUUUGCUCAAGCUUUAUUCCUUAUCUUGCUUAAGUAUUGCAAGUGUAAAAAUCUUUCAUGGCUCAAAGAAUGUACGGUUUAUCUUUCAUGCAUCCUCAGUGCAUGUCAUGUGCUGACAAAAUGAAGUGCUAAAGGUGCAUCCUUACUGUGCAAAUCCAAAGAAAACCGGUUGUACAAAUCAGCCUUUUUUACUAGGACACAUUUAUAAUCAUCCAGAUGUAGCUGCAGAGAUUGUUUUGACACUUUUAUCUUUUUUUCUUUGAUAUGGUCUUACAAGCUCUGGCAUGAAGAUAGCUAUAAAGCAGCUGGAGAAUGGCAAAUAUCUGUUAAAAAUCAAAUAUGACAUGUUCAUCCUGAAUAGGAAUGUGCUUCUCAGUUAUACAACUAUCGUUCUGUAUUUAACUGCAUUUACAAGACUUGUCUUGUUACCUUCUUGGGAGUUCACACUCCCAAGGUUAUUCGACACUCCCUCAGGCUAUAAAUUAUGGGCACAUGCCUACUGAAGUGUGAUUUAUUAUUUUUAUAAAAAAGCCCAACCCUUACGUCCCAUGUUUUGCUGGAAAGAGGCUUCUUUGUGCACCAAGCCUUUAAAUUGUGAGCAACCAUUUACUUACUGAUUUCGCUUUUUUGGAUCGUGUUGCUCAGGGAUCUCGGUCAACUCCUCACACCAUGAAGGGUUUUACUCUUCUUUUCCUAGUUGUUAUCUGUGGUAUGGGAGGAUUGGGACAGAAGCUGAAGCCAAAGAGAAGAAGCAAUGGUGAAGAAAUCAAAUUUCGGACUAAAACCAAAGACAUUUGCACAAUGAGCAUUAGUGGGGACGAUGAGGAGAUGAAACUUAGAAUUGAAUGCAAAAGCCAAGCUAUGUCCUACUGGUGUGAAUUCACUGGCAAGCCAUCAGUCUGUCGUGCUUUCAGAAAUAAUCCAAAGAUUUACUGGAAUCAGAUCGCUGCGGAACUUAGAAAGAUCCCUCAUGCUUGUGAAUCCACAGAAGUGUUGAAGACCUCCAUGUGCCAAAAGGCUCCUCCAGAGGCUCUCAUGAAGCAAAUAGCUACUGGUGUGGAGCCAGAAGAGCUAGCAAACCAGGAAGAAUCAGCGCAGAAAAUGUCCACUUCUAUGAGAGGAGCAGGGCAAGGGUCUGAAAAUGAAACAGAAGCAAUGAAACUGGCACGGGAACAUUGCUGGGAAUCCCUGCAUGGUUUCUGCUCCUACAUUAUUGGCAUCUUUAGGGGUUAAGGACUCACUUCAGAGCAAAAUUAUUACAGCUGAAGAAGGGUCCUUGCUGUAGUUUAAUAAUUUAGACAUAAGAAUUUUGGUUUAAAAACAAAUUAUCUCUAUUAAUCUUGUAGGUGUUUUCUUUUUAUGCCCCUAAAAUGAAACUUUUUAACAGCCCUGAAAAAUGCAUGAAACUGGAGUGACUGUGUUUAAAGUGUUAGGAUGAACGAACUGUCACUAGACUUGUUACACACCCAGGUGUGCAUUUAAAUAACAGAGGUUCUGCUUUAGGAGUGCUGACCUUGCAUAGGUUUUUGUAUGUGCUGAUUUGCUUUAGUUUGUUAGAGAUGAAAGCUGUUAAUGAUGAUACAGUUAGUGCAAACAAUAAAAAUAAAAUUUUUUUAAACAUA